GGCGGCGCGGGGCCGGGUGCGCCAUGGCGCACCGAGCGGCGGGCUCCUCUGCUCAGCAGGCGGCCCGGGAUGCCCAGAUGUCUGGACUGCAAGCCUGCACCGUUCUGAGAGGGAGAUGACUGGAGGGGCCAGCAUUUAUCUCCACGACAAUGUCCAUGAACAAUUCCAAACAGCCAGUAUCUCCUGCAGCUGGGCUCCUUUCAAACACAACCUGCCAGACGGAAAACCGGAUUUCUGUAUUUUUUUCAAUAAUCUUCAUGACAGUGGGAAUCCUAUCAAACAGCCUUGCCAUUGCCAUUCUCAUGAAGGCCUAUCAGAGGUUUAGACAGAAGUCCAAAGCGUCGUUUCUGCUUUUAGCCAGUGGCCUGGUAAUCACAGACUUCUUCGGACAUCUCAUCAAUGGAGCAAUAGCAGUGUUUGUAUAUGCAUCUGAUAAGGAUUGGAUCCGCUUUGAUCAGUCAAAUGUCCUGUGCAGUAUUUUUGGUAUCUGCAUGGUAUUCUCUGGCCUGUGCCCACUUUUUCUAGGCAGUGUGAUGGCCAUUGAGCGAUGUAUUGGAGUCACCAAACCCAUAUUUCAUUCUACGAAAAUUACAUCCAAGCAUGUGAAAAUCGUGUUGAGUGGCGUGUGCUUGUUUGCCGUUUUCAUAGCUUUGUUACCCAUCCUUGGGCACCGAGACUAUAAAAUUCAAGCGUCAAGGACCUGGUGUUUCUACAACACUGAGCACGUUGAAGACUGGGAAGAUAGAUUUUAUCUUCUGCUUUUUUCUUUUCUGGGGUUCUUAGCCCUUGGUGUUUCAUUCUUGUGCAAUGCCAUCACAGGAAUUAUACUUUUAAGGGUUAAAUUUAAGAGUCAGCAACACAGACAAGGCAGGUCUCAUCAUUUAGAAAUGGUCAUCCAACUCCUGGCUAUAAUGUGUGUCUCCUGCAUUUGCUGGAGUCCAUUUCUGGUAACGAUGGCCAACAUUGGAAUAAAUGGAAAUGAUUCUAUGGAAACCUGUGAAACAACGCUUUUUGCUCUUCGUAUGGCAACGUGGAAUCAAAUAUUAGAUCCUUGGGUGUAUAUUCUUCUGCGGAAGGCUGUCCUGAAGAAUCUCUACAAGCUUGCCAGGCGCUGCUGUGGAGUACAUGUCAUCAGCUUACAUAUUUGGGAGCUUAGCUCCCUUAAAAACUCCUUAAAGGUUGCUGCCAUUUCUGAGUCACCAGUUGCAGAGAAAAUAAAUCAGGAAGCACCGAGCUUAACAGGACAGUGAUACAGUGUAGGGCUAGAACAACAUUAGGGAAGAUUUUGGCAAGAUAUCAGUUAAUUAGUAAAUAUAUAUAUAUAUAUAUAUAUAUAUAUAUAUAUAUCCUAACUGGAAAAUUCAGGCCUUGGAAUACAGUUCAGUUCUUGGAUUUUGUUCGAUUAACUGUAUAAUUGCACAUUUUCACUUGUUCUUGUCAACUGGAGAUAGACACAAUAAAAUAAGGCUGUGGGAGUCAAAUUAUCUGUGUUAUUUGUGCUUUUGAAAUGAGUGAAUCUCUUAUGUUAAAGCCUAAUGCAUUUACCUGGCUUUUGGCUAGAGAAUAUCUUAAUGCUACAUGCACAAUGAAAUGGCUAUUUUGUGAAAAGUGUUCUGCAGCUAUUCCUUAUAGACUAGGCUUAAGGAGAUAGGGCACCCUUAUUAUUUGAUGUGAUCUGUUUUAUUCCUCAUUAUGUAGCCUCAGUCACUAUAUUCAUGGUCAUGACACCUGGAAUUUACUGUGGUUUAUAUAGUGACCACCACAUUUGCCAGGUCUGCUUGAGCCUGAUCUUGUAAGCCUGUUUAGAAUGGGCUCAUUCUUGCCAUAUUUACAAAUAUGAUUGCUUGCAUUUAUUAUGAUGAAGGACAAGAAUUUUUCGAAGGGAAAUUUUUUUUUUGGUGGAAAAAAUGGAUUUGUAGUUUUCCAGUAAUUCCUCCUUCCUGAAAAAAUGAGUGAUGCACACUAAUUUGUGGAUAAGCAAAGGCUGUAUAUCUGCAUAUAUCCAUGCAACUUGGGUUAUAGCAGUUCCCAAGCUCCACUAGGGAUAAUGAAAACAAGCAGGAUCCCUGCCCCAAUGAUAGGUGCAAAGAACGUUGAAGGUGCUUUAUCUUGAGCUGUCAUCAAGGUGGCUGAGAAUGAAAGAAACACAAUCAGUAUGUAAUAUUCAAAUACUGUUUGUCUGCUUUACACCCCCACCCCCACCCUCCCACACACUCACUCAUGCAGACGGAAGUCAGACAAUUCUGUUGAUCAGUUUAUUAAAUCUGUGAGACAGCAUUUUCCUUAGCUACUAGCAUCAAGGGAGAAGACUGAAAAUUAGCAAUGCAUUCGGGAACAAUUAUAAAGUUUAACUGGGAAAUUAAGGGAUAAUCUCUACCCAGAUUUCCCAUUUAGAAUUCAAACUUUUUCUUUUUUGUAUAAUUCAAUAAAAAUAAUUUCAGUGUUUUUUCAAAAUGUUGUAGGUCCAUUGGAGAAUAAGAUAGGUAUUCUGCUUAACUGUAAAAAAAUUAAUUCUAAGAGAGUUCUUUUGCUUUCAUUGUCUUAGUUCCAUUUAAAAUUAUCUUUCCUGUGACACUAAUUUCAGAUUCUCUAUACUUAAAUUUUUGUGUUUAUAAAUUUCUGCUUUGGAUUGGUAGUUUACAUUGGAAGUCAUCAAUAUUUAUGGAUUUUGGUAAAUUCUUGGGAGUGAAUUAAAAGAAAUUAAGCAGACAGCUUCACUGAAUAUUAAAAAGUAAUCAUGGCCAGCGCCAUGGCUCACUAGGCUAAUCCUCCACCUGUGGCCCUGGCACCCCGGGUUCUAGUCUCAGUUGGGGCGCCGGAUUCUGUCCUGGUUGCCCCUCUUCCAGGCCAGCUCUCUGCUGUGGCCAGGGAGUGCAGGAUGGCCCAAGUGCUUGGGUCCCUGCACUCGCAAUGGAAACCGGGAGGAAGCACCUGGCUCCUGGCUUCGGAUUGGCGCAGCACCAGCCAUGGCGGCCAUGAAGGGAGUGAACCAAUGGAAGGAAGACCUUUCUCUCUGUCUCUCUCUCUCUCUCACUGUCUAACUCUGCCUGUCCAAAAAAAAAAAAAAAAAAGUAAUCAAUUUCAGGUGACUUAAAGAACAAACACAAACACAUAUUGGCAUGUGAUUUUCUUAAUUUAAGAGCAGCAAAUGACUAAUCAUGUAAUUUUAUGUUAUUUUCAUAGAUAGAGCACAUAGUAUAUGCCUGAUAAAUACUUGCCAAAUUGAAUUGCAAACAAUUUCUUUAUACAAAAUGAAUAUGGAAUUGCAAAGUUUGUGUCUGUUUUUAAUUUAAACUGACAGUUAUAUAUUACUUAUUGUGCUAUAUAUAUGUGUAUGUAUGUAUAUGUGUGUAUGUGUGUAUAUACUUAUAUGUAUGCAUGUUUUAAAAAAGUCAUUGCAAUUUGUGAUUGCUGUUAUAUUGCAUAAAUGUUCUCAUGUGUUCAAAGAGCACUUAAAAUCCUGAAGAAUUUUAGCCGGUUCAUUUAUUUUCAAAGGAGAUAUUUAUUUCCUACAGGAACCAAAAUCUCCAGCUGUUGUGGCAAUGCUGUGUACAAAACCACAGUGAAUAUUAUUAUGUAUUUUGACUGGGGAGAAGCACGGCGGAGAAACUCUAGAUCUCUUCUCCUUGAGACUUCUAAUCUGAUGGGAGUUAUUGCUCUACUGCUGUGAUGCCUCCCUUUCUAUGAGCAUCUGCACUGAGAUCUUGUGACAUGACCAUAUGGAGAUGCAUGAGCAUGUCAGGCAUUGGGGAAUGAUGGGAGAGUGAACCACUCUCUGCAUUUCCAUGCAUUUCCUGAAAGAGUUGUUUGUAUUAUCUGAGCAAGUGUCUAAGACAAUGAAACUGGUCUUCAGAUGGUGGUAAACCUAAGAAGUAGACAUCAAAGUUGAAAAAAUUAGUAAAACAAUAUGCAUUUACAUUGAUGUAGGCUUUUCAUUCAAGGAACACAAAUUUGAAGUGAAUGUACCAAUGUGCAUAUCUGACUUCAGAAUUUUAUUUCUUUCACAUAAUUUAGCACUUUACUGUUUAAUGAACCAUGAAGUGGAGUACCCACCAAUAGUAACUUUCAUAUGAAUGUUCAAAGUGAAAGUAUACUUAUUCAGAUUCUUGGAAAUAGUACAGAUGGUUUCAACAAGGUUAGUCAUUUCAAUGUUUAAAGUCCUGUUUUAAAAUUCAUAAUUAGAUCUUCAGAGUCUAAUGGAUUCCUCUUUCCAUUAGUAGGGUGGAAUCCACACAAUUUCACACACUCUUGGGGCAUGUGAUUUCUGGAAAAUUAUAUUUUUCUGGACAAAUUCUAAACAUGUCAGGGUUUUUUUCACUAUUAGUGAAUUUCACAAAAAAAAUCUGACUACUCACUCCCCCAACUCCCAACAUGAAGGUCUUCAUGAUUAUAAAUACAGAGACAGAAAAAGGUGACUCAUAAUGCACUGUAGGUACAUCCAAAAACAUCAGAUCCUUUAUUGAAGGAUUUAAUUAAGUGGUAGAAAUAUGGCAUUUUUAAUUAUUUUCUAAAGAUAGAAAAGUUACUUCUAAUUAUCUGUAUAGCUGAAGUGGAAAAUACCUAAACGUUAAUAUAUACACAUUUGAAACUUUAUCUGUGUUACAUAACAAGUGGUCAUGUUUGUUCAGUUUCAGACUUAUUGUUGUGCCUAAAUUGAGUUUAGACCUCUAUAGGAGCAUUCGUUAAAUAGUGAGUGAACUUUUGUGAAAAUUGUUAUUUGCUUUGCCUGUGCACCAUCAUUGCUCUAAAUUAACUGUCUAGGGUGAGAAUAUAAAGUAUGAGAAUGUACAUUUUCUUACUUCAUCUGUGCAUUAGAAGACUUUACCACUGGGCACAUAAUGUUGGACUUUGACUUGUUCCUGAUACAUGUUCAUGGUAGGUGACAUGUGUUUGCCUUUGUUAUGUGAAUAAAUGUAUUUUGUGCUCUUCAUGCUUGGAUUGUAUAAGAGGGUAAAUAAUGAUAUGUAUAUUUUGUUGCUUGCGUAAGUAUGCUACUCAUGUAACUUUAGUGUUUUGACUAGCUUAAAACUUCAAACAAAUGAUUUUAUAAUAAAC